AAUCUGAGUUUAAUGGAUUAUAGAAUAAUGUUCCUGUGUAGCAUUAUUUAUAGUGAUUUCUUGUUCGUACCAAUCUUCCACCUUCAUCGGUUUUUUCUUCUCUUGCCAUAGGCCUUCUCCUUCUUCUUCCUUGAUAGAGCUGAUAACUUGUUGCAAGCAUGGCUGUCUCUGGGGCUCGUGACGAUAGAGGGGAGGUGAGAAUCCAUGAAAGUUUGGAUGAGCUUAGCACCAAUUUGGCAGACUAUAUUGCUGAAUUAUCAGAGGCAUCGGUGAAGGAGCGGGGUGUCUUUGCCAUUGCGUUGUCCGGUGGUUCUCUCGUUGGCUUAAUAGGGAAACUCUGUGAAGCUCCGUACAACAAGACUGUGGACUGGUCCAAAUGGUAUAUAUUUUGGGCUGAUGAGCGUGUUGUGGCCAAAAAUCAUACUGACAGCAAUUAUAAGCAAGCAAAGGAUGGCCUAUUGUCCAAGGUGCCUAUAGUUCCCAGUCAUGUGCAUUCUAUUAAUUACUCAGUGUCGGCUGAGGAGGCUGCUGAUGAGUACAAGUUUUCCAUUCGUCAAUUAGUGAAAACUCGUGUAGUCAGUGUGUCCGAGAUUGGUGACUGCCCAAAGUUUGACCUUAUUCUCCUUGGAAUGGGCCCUGAUGGCCAUAUUGCCUCACUAUUCCCUAACAACUCGGUGCUCAACGAAAGCGAUGAGUGGGUAACUUUUAUUACAGACUCUCCCGAACCCCCACUGGAGAGAAUCACAUUCACUUUGCCUGUCAUCAACUCAGCCUCCAAUGUAGCCAUGGUUGUAACAGGUGACAGCAAAGCAGAGGCUGUGCACUUUGCAAUUGACAAUGUGGGACGUGACUGCCCGUCACCUCCCGCGAGGAUGGUCCAGCCAAUGAAAGGGAAGUUGGUAUGGUUUUUGGACAAGCCAGCUGCAUCAAAACUUGACCGUUCUCAAUUUUCUGAGUAGGUUUGAGCGUGGGUAUGCUUAUAUGUAGUGGUGGGAUUAGACCCCUUUGGAUUAUCCUCUCUCUCAUUUUUGCCUUUUCCUCUUCUGGUUAAAUUCUCCAUUUUGCCUUUUCUUGCUCUCUUAUUCAGCAAGGCUUGGAGAAGUGUGAUUAUCCUUUCUUUUUUUUCCUGUAAUAAGAGGUGUUAAUAAGAUUGGAGCCUCAAUUCCAAAGCAUUUUGUU